GACUCGCAGAACCAAAUGGGCCAGGGGCCAAAUUCAUUCUUUUGGGGGAGACCAGUGGUACCUUCCCUUCACGGGAAAAUGAGAAACAUUGAGGGGAAGAUGGACUGCAAUCCAAACGCCCUGGCUCUCAGGCCUGGACUCCAGAGUUUAGCCAGAUGCCUAAACCACCCAAGCCGAGAAAGAACUUCAGAUUGAGGGAAGGCGCGAGCACCGCCCAGGACUUGGUAGGGUGCGAGCCGAGAGCAGUCCAGGACGGAGCGCGCCUAGGGCGGAGCGUAGGCUGUGGGGAGGGCCGGGAGUCCGGGGCCGCCCCACCCCCGGGCUUCUGCUCUCCGCCCGUGGGGAGUGGUGGGGGAGCCUGGGUGGGAAGGGGCGUGUGCCAGCGCACGCGCGCUCCCGGGAAGGAGAGGUCUCAGAACGAGCGGCUCUAGGUUUUAGGGAGGGAGGACCAGGCAUGUUUGCGAGCGGCUGGAACCAGACAGUGCCGACGGAGGAACCGGGCUCCAUGGCUGCCCUCCUGCUGCUGCCCCUGCUGCUGCUGCUACCGCUGCUGCUGCUGAAGCUACACCUCUGGCCGCAGUUGCGCUGGCUCCCGGCGGACUUGGCCUUCGCGGUGCGCGCCCUGCGCUGCAAAAGGGCUCUUCGAGCUCGCGCCUUAGCCGCGGCUGCCGCCGACCCGGAAGGUCCCGAAGGGGGCUGCAGCCUGGCCUGGCGCCUCGCCGAACUGGCCCGGCAGCGCUCCGCUCACACCUUUCUCAUUCACGGUUCGCGGCGCUUUAGCUACUUGGAGGCGGAGCGCAAGAGUAACAGAGCUGCGCGCGCCUUCCUGCGUGCGCGAGGCUGGGGCCGGGGAUCCGGCGGCGACAGCGGCGCGGGGAGCGCUGGAGAAGGCGAUCGGGCAGCGCCGGGAGCCGGAGAUGCAGCGGCCGGAAGCGGCGCGGCGCUUGCUGAAGGGGACAGUGCGGCCCCUCUGGCACCUGGAGCGACCGUGGCGCUGCUCCUACCCGCUGGCCCAGAGUUUCUGUGGCUCUGGUUCGGGCUGGCCAAGGCCGGCCUGCGCACGGCCUUUGUGCCCACCGCCCUGCGCCGGGGCCCCCUGCUGCACUGCCUCCGCAGCUGCGGCGCGCGCGCACUGGUGCUGGCGCCAGAGUUUCUGGAGUCCCUGAAGCCGGACCUGCCCGCCCUGAGAACGAUGGGGCUCCACCUGUGGGCUGCAGGCCCUGGGACCCACCCUGCGGGAAUGAGCGAUUUGCUGGCUGAGAUGUCCACUGAAGGGGAUGGGCCAGUGCCAGGAUACCUCUCUUCCCCACAGAGCAUGACAGACACGUGCCUGUACAUCUUCACCUCUGGCACCACGGGCCUCCCCAAGGCUGCUCGGAUCAGUCAUCUGAAGAUCCUGCAAUGCCAGGGCUUCUACCAGUUGUGUGGCGUCCACCAGGAAGAUGUGAUCUACCUCGCCCUCCCGCUCUACCACAUGUCUGGCUCCCUGCUGGGCAUUGUGGGCUGCUUGGGCAUUGGGGCCACAGUGGUGCUGAAGUCCAGGUUCUCAGCUGGUCAGUUCUGGGAAGAUUGCCAGCAGCACAGGGUGACAGUGUUCCAGUACAUCGGGGAGUUGUGCCGGUACCUUGUCAACCAGCCCCCGAACAAGGCAGAGCACGGCCAUAAGGUCCGGCUGGCAGUGGGCAGCGGGCUGCGCCCAGACACCUGGGAGCGUUUUGUGCGGCGCUUCGGGCCCCUGCAGGUGCUGGAGACAUAUGGACUGACAGAGGGCAACGUGGCUACCAUCAACUACACAGGACAGCGGGGUGCUGUGGGGCGUGCUUCCUGGCUGUACAAGCACAUCUUCCCCUUCUCCUUGAUUCGCUAUGACAUCACCACAGGAGAGCCGAUUCGGGACGCCCAGGGGCACUGUGUGGCCACAUCUCCAGGUGAGCCAGGGCUGCUGGUGGCCCCAGUGAGCCAGCAGUCCCCAUUCCUGGGCUAUGCUGGCGGGCCAGAGCUGGCCCAGGGGAAGUUGCUAAAGGAUGUCUUCCGGCCUGGGGAUGUUUUCUUCAACACUGGGGACCUGCUGGUCUGCGAUGACCAAGGCUUUCUCCGCUUCCAUGAUCGUACUGGAGACACCUUCAGGUGGAAGGGGGAGAAUGUGGCCACAACCGAGGUGGCAGAGGUCCUAGAGGCCCUGGAUUUUCUUCAGGAGGUGAACGUCUAUGGAGUCACUGUGCCAGGGCAUGAAGGCAGGGCUGGAAUGGCGGCCCUGACUCUGCGUCCCCCUCACUCUUUGGACCUUACGCAGCUCUACACUCAUGUGUCUGAGAACUUGCCACCUUAUGCCCGGCCCCGAUUCCUCAGGCUCCAGGAGUCUUUGGCCACCACAGAGACCUUCAAACAGCAGAAAGUUCGGAUGGCAAAUGAGGGCUUUGACCCCAGCACCCUGUCCGACCCACUGUAUGUCCUGGACCAGGCUGUAGGUGCCUACCUGCCCCUCACACCUGUGCGGUACAGCACACUCCUGGCAGGGGACCUUCGAAUCUGAGACCUUCCACACCUGAGGCACCUGAGGGAGGGACUCUGUGGGGUGGGGGCCGUUCGUUGCAGUGUGCUGGGCUGUCAGGGACCUUUUCUAUACUUCAGUCGCUAUUUUGUAAUAAAUGUGGCUGGAGCAGAUCCGGCUGUCUUUCUGACCU